AUGCAUGCCUCUCGGCUUCUCCUAGUUCCCAUCCUUUUUCUUCCGUUUUCACUGUGCCAACACUGUAAUGAGCCACCGAAUCGGGGAAAUUCAAAGUGCGCGAAACCACUGAAAGAAGUCAAGGUAAUAAUUGUGAAUCAACAUGUCUACCACAACGCUCCCCUUGCUACAGUACUACUUUGACAAGAAACUGGAAAUGUGUCUUCCGUUCCUAUACGAAGGAUGCGGCGGAAAUUCGAAUCGGUUCGACGACUCGGAAUUGUGCAAUUUGAGAUGUCGAGCAGGUUUCUUUUUGUGUCUCUGAAAUGCGCUUCCUCUUACAUUUCGGUUUUUGAUAGCAGAUAAAGGAAUUUGUGGAGGAGGUUCGAAGGCGUACGCCAGUUGUUCUCAGAGAAACAAGACAUGUCCCAAGGGAUCCAGAUGCAUAAAUAUGGCAUUCGGACUGGGAUUGUGUUGCGAUGAGCAGAUUCAGGGUGAGUGUUCGUCAGUGUUCUCGCUAUGAAUCACAAGUUGCGAUAACCUUUUUUCAGAUGCCUGGAUCCAAGAGAAUCAUCCAAAGUGCUCAAUCCCGAGUCACGAGGUGGUGACCGAAUCCGUUUGGUACGGAGAGCAAGAGCUGCUCGGCCGAAGUUGCGCCCACAAGUGAGUAAUCCCUUCAAAUUCCACUAAUCCGAUGUUCGCUAGCAUUCAGAUUCUGUCCUCUCGGUUCGAAGUGCGUCGAGGGCAGAUGGCUAGCUCACUGCUGCAGACCACUCAUAAAAGCCGCUAAUUCAUAG